GUCUUUAAGAUCAGUCAGCCAAACUGUUUUAUAGAUGGCGAAACACCAAUCAAUUUUGGUUAAACACUAACAGGAAAUUACACACCAUCAAAAACAUUUCAUAAGUUAAUUUCUACCCUCUUUAUGCAUUUUAUGGUUAAGUUUGGUAACAGUAGGCUACUUUGCACAUUUUGGUGCAGCGCCAUUGAAAAUGUCGCAUUUGUCACUUUAUUAACCCCGAAAACAGCAAAACUAAGUAAAGGUUUCAUCAAUCACAGCUUGAUGUAAAUUCUCUGAGGUAUAGCAGUCAGCUCUUUUCCUACAGGCAGUUUCUAAUAGCUCCCGGAACAUCGAGAGCGUCUCACUCAGCAGAACGCUGGAUGAACGCAGCGGUGCCGCAAUCAGCGAAAUCCCGCAUUCACCAUUCACACCCACCCGCCUCUGCUGCCGGACAUAUAGACCAUAGGCUCAAGCUAUAUGCAUUUGUCUAGACAACAACUGACAGCAUACGCUGACGCCUUCGACUACCGUGUUAAGAAUCGCUUAAAUCUCUCAAAGGUUUGAUCGUCUUUAAGCUCUAAUUCAUUUCGGAGAUCGUUUGGUUACAAGCCGAGCGUUCGCGCGAUGGUUCUGCUGCAUCGCCGCCGGAGAAAAGAGACGCUGGUCUGGCUGUUGCCCGGUCUGCUUGGAGUUUGCAUGGCAUUUGGCCUGAGCAAAGCAGAGGAGGAAGAUUACGAGGAUGCCCCCAUAAAUAAAACUUGGGUUUUAUCACCAAAAGUCUAUGAGAGCGACGUCACCCUUAUCCUAAACAAAUUACUGCAAGGUUAUGACAACAAACUGAGACCAGAUAUCGGAGUGAGACCAACUGUGAUUGAGACGGCGGUGUACGUGAACAGCAUUGGCCCAGUAGAUCCCAUCAAUAUGGAGUACACCAUAGACAUCUUCUUUGCUCAGACGUGGUACGACAGCAGACUCAAAUUUAACAGCUCAAUGAAACUCCUCAUGCUCAACAGUAACAUGGUCGGAAAAAUCUGGAUCCCAGACACCUUUUUCCGCAACUCACGUAAAUCUGACGCCCACUGGAUCACGACACCCAAUCGCCUUCUGCGGCUUUGGAGCAAUGGAAGAGUGAUGUAUACUCUAAGGUUGACUAUUAAUGCGGAAUGCUACCUUAAGCUGCAUAACUUUCCCAUGGAUGAACAUUCGUGCCCUCUGGAGUUUUCAAGCUAUGGGUAUCCAAAGAAUGAGAUCCAGUAUAGAUGGCAACGUCGUUCGGUUGAGGUUGCAGACCAGCGGUACUGGAGGCUUUACCAAUUUGCUUUUGUGGGUCUACGGAACACUUCUGAUGUGGCACACACUCAGUCUGGGGAAUAUGUAGUUAUGACCAUUUUCUUUGACCUAAGCCGGAGAAUGGGCUACUUCACCAUCCAGACCUAUAUCCCCUGCAGUAUGAUAGUGGUUUUGUCCUGGGUCUCUUUCUGGAUUAACAAGGAUGCUGUGCCUGCCAGAACAUCUUUAGGUAUCACAACUGUGCUCACCAUGACAACCCUAAGCACCAUAUCAAGGAAGUCCUUGCCGAAGGUGUCGUACGUGACAGCCAUGGAUCUGUUUGUGUCUGUCUGCUUCAUCUUUACCUUUGCUGCUCUUAUGGAAUACGGGACCCUGCAUUAUUUCACAAGCAAUCGACAGAACAAGAAGACCAAAUCAAGCCAUGCACAGAAACCCAGCAUGGUUAACAUCAGACCAGGGACAUCUCUGCUGCAGAUGAACAAUAUUGCUCCCUACCACGAGGACGACGAUUAUGCGUAUGAAUGUCUGGACGGCAAAGACUGUACCAGUUUCUUCUGCUGCUUUGAUGAUUGUCGCUCCGGAGCUUGGCGUGAAAACAGAAUGCAUGUCCAUGUCUCCAAAAUCGACUCCUACUCCCGAAUAUUCUUCCCAACUGCCUUUGGCCUCUUUAACCUUGUCUACUGGAUUGGAUAUCUGUAUCUUUAAAGAUACUGGGCAAGUUGGAGAGGGACUCUAGUAAUAUUUGCAAAUCUUCUGUAAAUUCUCAUCUGCUAAAUCUGGCAGCAUAAAUCUUUGAGAGAAGUGGAGGCGUGAGGCUUGAUUUGGAUGUAUUAUUACUUGAUGUAUCUUUAAUUGUACCUGGUAAUUAUUUAUUGAAGGAUUUGAAUCUUAGAAGGACGAUAAAUGUGAUUCUGCGCUGAUGCCAACUGAAUAUUACCAGCAAUCUCGGUUCUUGAGAAGGAAAUGCUAAAAGUUUGGGUUUUCAUCAGUUAUGUGGGCCAUAUCAAACCUUGCCUAGUUUAAAAUGAUCUCUUAAAAGCACCUAAAACAUUUUUUUACUGCGAUAUUAGCAUCAUGUUAACAUCACUAUUGCAACGAUGACAGACCUUCAGGUUAUUAUCUCUCUGGCUGAAGCUAAAUAUUAUUAUUUGCAAU